CUAUCUUAACACCCAUUGUAAUUUGUAAACAUGGUAUUUUUCCAUCAAUAUUUUCUUAUCUUUGCACUAUGCACUCUCUAUGUGGAAUCAGCUAACCCGAUUGCACAAUUCUGCAAUGAAUUCUCAUACUCAAUCACCCCUGAACUAUCCCAAAACAUAGAUUCUGUUCUAGCCAAACUGAUUCAAAACACCCCUCAAACAGGCUUUAAUAUUACGGAUUUCGGAGAUGAGGGAAAAGAAGUAAACGGGAUAGCCCAAUGCCGAGGAGACGUGCCCAGCCAAGAGUGCACAGCUUGUCUCCAAACGGCCGCAAAAGAAGCCAAAAAAAUGUGUCCAAACCAGGUCGAGGCUUUGCUAUGGUAUGAGUAUUGCUUCUUAAGGUAUGGCACUAGAAACGUGAUAGGGGACGGCAGUCUGGACUUCAGAGUGGUUCAAUAUAACGUUGAAUACGUGUCCAACCCGAAACUUUUUAAAGAAAUCCUAGCCGAACUUACUUCGAAGAUAAAGAAUGUUUCGCUUGAGCCAGAUAACAAAGGGUUCGGGAAAGGAGAGGCCAAGUUGUCGAAUUCUGAGACACUUUAUGCAAUGUCUCAGUGUACGCGUGAUACGUCCAUGCGUUGGUGUGAGUCGUGUUUAACAAUCGCUAUUGAGACGAUUGGAAGUCUUUGUCAGAACAAGAAAGGGUGUAGACUUAUAUACAGUACGUGCUAUCUUAGGUAUGAAUUAUAUCCGUUUCUUUACGGCACUGAAAAGAAGUUGCCUCUUGAAAACUCUUCGAUGACAAACUACUUAACAGUACUUAGAAAACCUUGAAUUUCUGGCAGUGGAUUCUAAGAAGUUUGUCCCCUUUUGAGGCUAUUGUCAAUAUAAUAAUUUUAUUAUGUGAUGUACUUAAGGGAAGGAUCUCAAUAAGUUACAAGAAUAUGGUCAUAAAUACAGUGAUGAAGCAUGUGAAAAUGUAACGAACGAAUGAUCACUUUGAUUCUAAGAAUACCCGUGAUAAUUUUCCCCAAAUCCCUAAAUUCGUCCA